AGUGGCUGACUCUCCGUCUGCAUAGUGGAAGCAGGAAUAGCUCUGAACAUGAGGUCCGUGCUGCUGUUAGCCUGUUUACUGGGGCUUAGCCUGGCAGCCAGCCUGGAGAGGAAGCCCCACCACUGCAAAAGCCCAGGUCUGCUGACUGGAGGGUUCACUUUUUCCACGCAGAAUGAAAAGGCCUGGUUCUACGCUGGAUACGAAUAUGAUGCCUGGCAACAGCGCAUCCGCCUGUAUGAGACCGGAACAUACAACAACCAGUCCUUCACCUAUGAUGUCCUCCUGCUCUACGGCGAGGGAGUGAUGUACCAGAUUGACACCAAGGCCUCCAAAUGCACCAAGCAGCCCCUGCAGGCAGACUUCAUGCCCCUGGGAGUGCCCCCCAAUGCCAGCCUGUUGGGACAGUAUGUGAUUGGGAGCUCCUCUGGACCUGGGGAGGGACUGCUGGUUGACACCUGGCAGGGGAAGGCACCAGAUGGAGCUCAAUAUAUGGUGACGGUGACCGAGUUUGGAUGCAUUCCUGUCAGCACUCUGUACCAGACCAAAGAGUACGGCUGGAUAGUCGUGAGCUAUAUCAACACCAUUAAAGGCAUUCUGGACCCCAGCUCACUCAGUCCUCCUUCAUUCUGCCCUGGUCUGGAUGCCAAACCAGAAGGAACACCCGUAGAUUUCUUCACUGUUGUCAGCAACCUGAAGAAAAUUGCAGUUUAACUCAAGUCUCCAUGCUUGUUUUGUGAAUAUGUUGUAAGGGCAUUUUUACCAUACCUGACCAAAAGACUCUUUUGUCAAUGAUAAUUAUACAAAUGUAUAUUUUUGGAUAAAUGUGAUCAUGAAAUGUUUGGAAAUGUUUUUUUUUUUGUUUUUUUUGCCUGUCAAACAUGACAAUAUUUUAUAUUGCCCAUGCUUAAUAAAUAUUUAGGCUUAUUUUUUUAUUAUAUUUUUUUUACUUUUGCAUAGAGUACACACAAUUGCGUAUAUCAUUUAAGAGACCACUUCCAAGAGGCAUAAACUUUUUUUUUUUGAAGUAACAACAUACUAAUUUUUUUACUCAACCAACUUAAAAAAAUGCACUGGUUUAGUUGCUACAGGUGAUCAUAGCAUCAUAGCACAGUGAGUAUAGCAUAUUAAAAAGUAUUGUCAAUUCUAUGACCUAAAACAGUGGUUGUCAAACUUUCACAUCAAGUACCACCCAGGAAAAUAGCGAGUACCACCAUCUUUAAAACUGUAAAACUGUGUAAAAUUCGACUAAACCAUGGGUGAAGUACAUUUGGUGGCCCAUUUUACCUGAUGGCUCAAUUUACUUGACUGCAUCCCAUUUGAAAAAGUAAAUUUAAAAAAGUCACCAUGACGACUUUGCAUAAGGGAAUUAUAAUGCGACUGCUAUUUGAUAAAUUAAGCUUUAUUAGGUUUUUGCUUUUAUUUCUCAUCUCGAUUCUAUGAAGAACCCCUGGAAGUGUGACAUCACACCGCAAAGCAUUGUGGGUUUUGUUGUUUGUUGAUAGCUUGCUGCUAACAUUAACCAUGGCAUGCAGCGCGUAAGCUCUAAGGUUUUAGAACCCAAUAGUGGGUCUUUUCUUUGUUUUUGCAUACGUCGCUCCUGUGUGACCAAAAGGCGACGCAUGGCUGAGUAGGAGUUAUAGGCCGUGUCCCAAUUCGCCAAACUGGCCUUAGAAUCACCAUUGGAAUUGUGCGUCGAAGGGCAGUUACGUAAUUUCCGGCGUGACAAGGGCUGUCCCAUUUCAACGCACCCUACUGAAUGUGGCCGACAAACCUGCCCUUCCCUUCCCAACAUUUCCAUGGAGAUCGGACGUAACCAAAGCGUGCAUCCGUGCACACUUCACGCACUUCUAUAUCCCAUCAUGCACCGCGACUACGGAAAAUAGAGAAGAAAAUGGAGUCCACUGCGCAAUACACGUUCAAAUGUUCAUACUGGUUUACCUCACCUACAACAGUGCGACAUGAAACUGUUAAAUCUGAAUAAAGAUAUGUACAGUGGGUUUGAUGAUUAAAAAGGAGGGGAGUUACAUGGAAUAAAGGAAUGUGCAGU